GACGAAGCGGCGCGCGACGAAGGGUUGGUUGACGGCGGUCGUUGACGAAAGAACUACUUCGUUGACUGAGCUGCAAUGACAAGAACUAAAUCAACUGCAAUGAGGACCACAUCAGAAGGCGAAACCUUUAGGCCUAAAUGUGCCAAACAACAACAACAAAAUGAGGACCAAGAAAUUGAGGAUGAAGAAAGUGAUGACCAAGACGAUGAGGGAAAAGGAAGAAAAGUUUAUUUUAGAUUUGUGUAGUGUGAUAUUGGUUUGUAAAACUGAACUUAGGGUUAGAUAAUAUUUAGGGAAGGAUGUUGGUUUGUAGCAAGAUGG